AUGGCUGUACAUAGUGUUGAACGUGAUGCUGGAGCUGCACCAGAAGCUAUUCUCGAGAACGUGUGGGCGAGCUUUAUUGGUGUUGAUGGAGGAAAUGAAGAAAAAAGCAACACAAUAGAAAUAUCAAAACCAUGGGAUGACCUUCCUAGUCUUGAUGGGAGAGAAGGCUCAAUGGAAAUUCUUCAGAGGCUACCAAGUCUCGGUAGGUGGAUGUCAAUGGGAGCUGAGGCCUGGGAAGAGUUUCUCGACACUUGCGUUAUUCCUUCUUGUGAUAUUGAGAAGUCUUGCACUGACAAAUUACAAGGAAAUGGGGCUGCCGAACCGGCCGUGGAAGUGAAGAUUGAGAGAGUAGAAAAACUGGCAGCAAAGCAUUACCGUGGUGUUAGGAGACGACCAUGGGGAAAGUAUGCAGCAGAAAUUCGAGACUCGUCAAGAAAAGGAGCUAGAGUUUGGCUUGGGACCUUCGAGACUGCUGAGGAGGCAGCUCUGGCAUAUGACAAAGCUGCUUUGCGAAUCAGAGGUACAAAGGCACAUCUUAACUUCCCUUUCGAAACAGUUGCAAAGGCUAUGGAACUUGAGAAUCGUACCGUCAACAAUAUCUGUUCAUCUACAACUUGUUCCCAGAAUGGUUUGAAUCCUCGUAAGAGAGGAGCUAGAGAGUGGGAAGAAAAUGUUGAGAUAAUGACUGAAGAACCUGCAUCUAAAAGAAACGCAAGCAUGGGAAAGGUGUUCGGAGAUGAGUUUGAUGUGUUUGAGUUCCAAGACCUGGGAAGUGAUUACUUGGACAGUUUGCUCUCUUCGUUUUGACAAACCAAAUGACCAGAUCGAGAUAAUUGA